UCAUGACUCAGAUGGAGGGGACAUGCAGGACUGCAUUAACACAUGGGCUUACUGGGGCUUGAUCACAGAGACAGGUGAAAACAGAGAAACCCAUCUGUGUAGCGCAUGGUCAUAGAGUAACAACAUCCUGCAUCCACCAAAUGUGGCCAAAUGUGAUAUUGCUCAUUGUGUCAGGGCGGAGGGUGGGGCCGGGUCUUGAUCAUACACACCCGGUCCCUUAUCAGGCUAAUCAAGCCUCCGAUUGGGAUAAAGACCGCCUGCCGCCUGGAAGAGGACGACGGCCGCCGACCGCGAGGGGAGAAGGGGCUCCUAACCGACCGCCUGGAGCGGUCAGGGCCGCUGCCAGGGGCGGAGGAGUCCCCUACCAGCUGCUGAAAGGCGGCGGGGUCUGAGACCGCCGACCGCGAGCGGGGGUCGCUGCCGACCGUCUGCCUGAGAUAGCGAGGGAGGAAUGUGGCAGGGCAGAUAGCGGGGCCGGGUCGUGAUCAUACACACCCGGUCCCUUAUCAGGCUAAUCAAGCCUCCGAGAAGGAUAAAGGCUAACUGCGGAGGAUUGUGCGGGAGAAAGAGAUCGUGUGCGUGUUUGUGUCUUUUAUGUUUCUCAUUAAAAUAUUAUUUACAUCGUCAAGCCAGUUCUCGCCUCCUCCUUUCCAUUGACUUCUUUACACUCAUGCAUUCAAUAUUCCCUUUAUACUGUUGUGACUGCCAGACAAUGCACCAUAGAGGGAAAAUGGAGCAAUCGAUCAGAUUAGACUGUGCACAAAGGAAGUGAAAAAAGGCUAAAUGUCAACUGAUUAAAGUUCUCUCUUUGAGAUGGCCGAUAAUACACAGCAGCCACGAAAAGAUACAACAUAUCCAGUGAGGAGAAGAGCUGGUCUGGGAGCAGACAGUUCUGUAGAGAUCGUGGUGGAGAUCUGAUCAUCAUCAACACUGAAGAAAAACAGGUAGAAGUUUGUGUGUGUUUGCGUGUGUGUUUGCAUGUGUUGGAGUGUGUGUGUGUGUGUGUGUGUGUGUGAGCCACUUCCUGUUAAGUGAGGUAUAUAAUCCAGAUCAUCCUGUAGACUUCAGCUCAUCUUUGAAGACACUGAUGAAGUCAUGGAACUGGAGGAUAUUUAUGAAGAUGCUGAAAACGAGAACAGCAAGUCCAGUAAGAGAUCCCUGGACAGAGAUGAAGAUGUUAUUGAUGAUGAGGAGACAGAUGCCCAUCAAAAGUGGACUUUCAGUCAAAUCAAAAGAAAAGAUCGAAACCGCAGAGGAAGUGUUCGUUGUGUGUUGAGCACAGUGUGUUUCGGGCUCUUUUACGCUCUCCUGUUCACCGUCAAUAUAGUUCUGCGUACCAGGAUCACUGCUGACACAGACCUGUUAAAGAUGAGAUACAAGAACACGGUUUAUGAGUACAACAAAUGUACAGAAAUGUUUCAUGUCAAUUACAGUAAUCUAACUAGUGAAAAAGAUCCAUUUCAGAACAGCUACAAAUCUUUGAUGCAGAAGAAUCUGGAGUUGGAGACCAGAAUCAAGUCUUUGAGUGAUGAACUGAAGAACAAACAUUCUGAACGAGUUAAAUCAAACGGGUGGCACUCGUUCUUCAUAUCCAGUGAGGAGAAGAGCUGGUCUGACAGCAGACAGUUCUGUAGAGAUCGUGGUGGAGAUCUGAUCAUCAUCAACACUGAAGAGAAACAGAGGUUCAUAUCUUCAUUCAAGGAGAGAGCGUGGAUUGGUUUGUCUGACAUCGAGAAUAAGGGCAACAUGAAAUGGGUGGACAGUUCAACACUGAAUAAAGGAUUUUGGGACAAAAAUGAGCCGAAUGACAACUUUGGAAAUGAGAACUGUGUUGAAAUGCUUCCUUUAAAACCCAUUCUGAGCAACUGGAAUGAUCUCCAAUGCUCAGAGUUGAGAACAUGGAUUUGUGAGAAUUAGGAUUCAUCACUUUAUUAUAUAUGCUCUAAUUAUUCUGCAUGAUUGUGGCAUUGCUAGUGUCAUGCUCUAACCCCAGUUCCUGUAAGCGGUUAGGUUUAGGGGUGACCUGACCUGUUAAUUUAAUAUUGUUCAUUCUGUUUUCCUCAGUGAAGUUAAGUUAAUCUGACUGUAUGUUAUUUCCUGUUUUCAGGUUAGUUAUUUUCCCCUCUUUCUCAUGGAGCUGUUUUUUCCUCCUUUUUUUAAUCUCUCCUUCCAAUAAAUCAAUAUUAGAUCUAUGAUCAUUGUAUUUUGGGGUUUUUGAUCUGAUGGUUGUGCAGGGAGCACACCUCUCUUCUCGUAAUAAUAGUUUGUUGUUGAUCUCACACAGUUUUCUGAAAUCUCCUGUUGAAGUAUGUGGUAAAGAUUAGAGGUUUCUAUGAAGUGAAAGAGGAACUCAGAAGAGACAUUUCUGAACUAUCAUAGACAAACACAGCCUGGCAAUUUUAGAAAUAUGCAUUGAAAUAAACUAUAGUGGGAACUGCCUUUGAUGCUUCAAAUAAUUGCAAGUCAGAAGCAGACGUAUGAAUAUUACUUAUGUAAAAGAUAAUGUACAGUCAGCCAGUCAUUAGUAGCAUAAUGGGGGCACACAGGCUCCGACAUGGCCAAAUUAUGUUGUUUACAAAAUAUGUAUUCAGUGUUAAAAUACACUGAAUAUCCCUGACUGUAAAAAAAAAUAAAAAUAAAAGAAAUAUAUAUAUUAACGGUGUUAGUGUUUUUUUAUGUAAAGACAUUACUCUCUAAGAUAAAGACAGAACAAUGUUUGGCCCUGUCAGAGUUUUUACCCCUGCAAGUAAGUUGUCACGAUUCCCCAUUGUCUGCUCAGUGUUUCUCCCCUGUCUCCUGUUCUAAACUACACUUCCCAUAAUCCCCUGCCCUCAUCACUGCCAGUGUCAUUGUUCUCACCUGAGUUUAAUUUAGUCAUCAUCCUUCUGUGUAUUUAAGCCCUGUUGUUUGUUCAUUCGUUGUCUUUGACUGUGUUCCUGCCGUGCCCUCCGUGGUUGUUUCUAGUGUUUACAUUUUUGUUAUCCCGUCGUGGAUGUUUUGUUUGUUCCCUGUGUUUUUAUUUAUUCUGUGUUUUCUUUAUUUAAUAAAGAGCUGCAUUUAGAUCCUCACUCCUCACCUGCCCUCGUCUGAAUCCUAACAUAAGUAGUUGAAGCAUUUAUUUAUUGUUGUUAUACUUACAUAGAGGUACAUCACUUUACUGGUCAAGCAGAAUUAUUUAAUUGUAUUUUUCUGACACAGAGACAUAUUGCAUGGGUGGAUAAUUCACCACUUAUUAAAGGGUAAAAAAAACACAUUGCUAGCAUGUAGUUAGAUGUUGCUAGCACGUUGCUGAGCGUUACUAGCAUGUUUUACCUUGUUUCUAGGUGUUAUUUGCAUGUAGCUUGGUGUCUCUAGCAUUAUUCACCACAAUGCUAAGCAAUGCUAGCAUAUUUUUAGGUAUUGCUAGCAUGCUUUAACCUGUAGCUAAGCACUGCUAGCAUAUAGCUAGCUGUUGCUACAAUUUUUCAUUGUAUACGUGU